CCCACCCUGCGAAACGGUUUACCGACCUUCCUAGUUCUACCAGAUCUUUAGAGUUGAGCCUCAUAAACAAACACUCUAUUGGACGAAAGGCGUGAUUCUGCGAAACUAAGAGCUCUCUUCCCCCCUCUCUGUGACCGUACCUUAUCCCAUCCACACACCCAACCACCCGCCCCGAUGGCCGCCGAUGCAGAUGAACGGACCCCCCUCCUCAAAGUCAAAUCCGGCGCUGGAGCCGUGAAGCGGGUCGGUCGCGGCCUCUGGUCACCCGCAAACCGUAUCCUCUUCGCCGGCUUCCUCGUCUCCCUGACACUAGGCCUCACCCAAGUUCCCAUCAUCUACGUCUUCCGUGUCAUGGCAUGCGAGACGUUCUACAAGUCUCACGCGCCCUACGACGGCCCCCUCUCGGAAAUGUGCCACCGCCGUGAGAUCGACGCAAACACGGCUACCCAGGUCUCCAUCCUCGGCAUGACCACCUCCGUCUGCGGCAUCCUCAACCUCUUCAUCUGCGGCGACCUCAUCAAGCGCUGGGGCACCCGCUGGGCUCUCAUCAGUCAAACCGGCCUGCUCGGCAUCCGCGUCUCGUGCCAGGUCCUCGCCGUGUCGCAGGGCGCGCAAAAGGGAAUCGACAUGAUGCAGUACACGCAGCUCAUUGGCAUCUUUGGUGGGCCGAGGGGAUACAUGCUGGUUCUUAACACGGCAAUUGCGGAGGUUGUCGAAAGAAGAAAGCAUACCGGCGUCUUUGGUCGGCUACAGGGCGCAGUCAUGAUCGGUACCGCCAUAGGCUACUUGCUCGGUGGUGUUUUGGGUGAUGUGUUCGGCAUCACCAGUCCCUUCGUCGUUGCCAUCGGCUGUUUUGCCUUUGCGACGACCUACGGCGCCAUCUUCUGGCCGGCACCCCCAGAAGAGACCGAAGAAACGGACGGCAAGACAACGCUCGGAGCUUCUGGCUUCCUGGCUCCUAUCAAGGUGCUUAUGCCGUCAAAGUACCGCCUCGAAUCCGGCAAGAUUGUCAAAAACUAUGGCCUCGUCUUCCUGGCCCUGGGCAUCUUCUUCGGCGUGUUCGCCACGGGUUAUGCCCCCAUCCUCAUCCAGAUGUACGCCACCUCCCGCUUCAACUUUGGCACGACGGAGAACGGUAUCCUUAUGUCCGGCAACUCGUGGAUCCGCGGCAUCUUCUUGAUGUUCAUCUUUCCAGAAAUCAUCGACAGCGGACGCAGAUGGUUUGCCUCGUCAUCUCAUGCCGGAGCUCUUCAAAAGACACUCACCCAGGAGGAACGCAGCGUCAUCCCCACUCACCCCGAAGACAUGGACCCGGCACCCGGCUUGAUGAACGCUUCCGAGCCAACAAAGGCGCCGCCUGAAGAGGAGGACGAGGAUAGCACUUUUGACCUGUUCUUCCUGAGGUGGAGCUUGGUGGUGGAUGGCAUCGUCACGUCCCUGGCGGCUUGGGCGACGGAGGGCUGGCAUGUCUAUGCCGCCGCUUUCCUGCUGCCAUUCGCAUCCGGGUCGGCUCCUGCAGCCAAGGGCGUCAUCACAGAAAUGUGCCCGCCGCAUAUGCGACAAGAUGCCCUGAGCGCCAUCACCCUGGUUGAGAGUGCAGCGACUCUGACGACGCAGGGUAUCUUUGGUUUCAUAUUCGCCACCCUAUCUGAGAUGGGCAAGCCGAAUCUCACCUUCUUUGUGAACGCCGCUCUCGCCGUUGUCGCCGUGGGCAUUCUUCUGCUGGCUCAUUACCCCCCGGUUAACAGUACGCGGGUCGAGGGUGAGGCGAUUGAAGAAAUCGGUGAAUCAAAUCGAGACAUGAAUGAGUGCCGAAAUUUGGCAGAAGUCACUCAUCGAUCGUCAUGAAGGAUAAGUGAGAAUGAAACUCAUUCGCUCGACUCAUCUACGACUCUAUGCCAAGGCCGAUGAAGAGU